AGAUCAGUUUCCUGUUUGACUGUAUAGUCAGAGGCAUCUCUCCUAGUAGAGCACCUAGUUGCCUCAGACCUAACCUACCAGAUCCCAGUGCUAGCCGGUCCUCCUCAGAGGAGAGGAUCAACCAUGAAGCAUCGGAACUAGAGAGAAGACUCAGUAUGCUGUCCCACAGCAGUAGACAGAGCAGUACAGCCUCCACCUCCAGUUACAGCACCUCCGUUGCCGGGGACGACCGCAGCAGUAUCUCUUCCUCCUCCUCCAGCCAAUCAGACGCCAGCUACGGAAGCCACUUCCCUUUAUGGCCAGAGCCAAAACGCCCCACUUCCUCAACCGAGACCCUGUCGGCCCCUCCCACUGCGAGGUCCUCGACCAAUCUGGACGAGGAUCUCUAUAAUGCUGUCAUGAAUCGCCCUCCUUUCAAACCGCCUUCCCACUCUCGCAGUCUCCACGACAGCGGGCGCCAAAGCUCAUUAGACAGCGGGAUAGGCAUCGCCACGGCCAGCAGCCAAUCGUCUUACUCUGGGAGCCUCUCUUCCUGUACGGGCAGCCUGGACACAGCCAGUCAAGGAGGAGGGGAGGAGUUUGGGUCUGUCCUUAGUCUACCUCCCCCUCUUCUCUCUCUACCUCCUCUUUCUCUACCUCCCCCUCCUCCCUCUCUACCUCCUCUUCCUCCACCCAUUCUACCUCCUCCACCUCCUCCUCUGUCCUUAAGGACCCCUGAGCCCGGCCCUCUCUCCCCCCCUACUCCCUGCUCCUGCCCCCCGUCUUGCUCCUCCGCCUCCACGACUAGUGGUUAUAGCUCUGGCGCCCCCCGGUGGCAGAGUGAGGAGUACCAGGCACCCAGCCUUCUCAGACUACAGUACGACAGCCCCAGGAAUCUCCUGCACACCCUGGCCUUCAGGGAUCCUCCACCCCAGGGAGGAGCACCCGAACUGGGCAGGGACAGGCGGCUCGGUGGGGAUGGAGGUCAAGGACAGAUCCAGGGGCAUGGGUGUCCUUCCCUCCCCUCCACACCCACUGAGGCUUCUCUCCAGCGGGUAGGCACCCCGAGGCAGGCCCCUGUAGAACGGCCCCUGUCCUGGAGCAGUGAGAGAGCGCCCCCUGUGGACAGUGGUGAUCGGUGCAGCAUCAUGGCUCACACCCAGAGGCUCACACCCAGACCUCUGCUGUUCCCUGGCUGUCCAGUGUGUGGAGGAACACAGACAAUCAGCCCUUCACAUUCAGGGCUUUCCCCAACACCAGAUCCCCCACCCCAGUGUAGAGAGGUGGGGCGGGGUGAGGCGGGCCUCUCUCACCCUCUAGAACCCUCCUAUUCACCCCCACCUCCCCCCGGCACGAUGGCGCCAAGCAGACAGACCUCAGUCUCUGGUGGGAGAUUCUUUAAGUUUCCUCCGGAUGCUUCCACCAUGAUGAUGUCAUCAGUCUUGGACAGACGUCACCAUCGCCACGCCGACCCCAGUGUGAACUACGUCAACAUCCCCGUUAGCCCUGCGGCUAAAGCGAACAGAGCUGGCAGAGAGCUGCUCUACAUGGAGCUGGAUCUACAGCCGGAGCCCUACGGUGGGCCAGUUUCCACCAACACCACUGCAGCGAGGGGUAACCCUGUGCAGCUGCGUGGACCCAUAGGGGGCUCCACCACAUACGCCCACAUAGACAUCACAGCCUCAGAGACGGCUCAGAGAGUAGCAGCAGAACACGCCCAGAGGAGAGAGGACAGGCUGAUGGAGCUGGAGGAGAAAACGCCCAGAGGAGAGAGGACAGGCUGAUGGAGCUGGAGGAGGACACGCCCAGAGGAGAGAGGACAGGCUGAUGGAGCUGGAGGAGAACACGCCUCUCUCUCUCUCUCUCUCUCUGAUUUGAGUGUUUUCUUGUAAAUAGUAACUGCUUUGUUUUCCAAGAGAUUAUUUAUUAACUUGUAUUAUAUUUAGCCACCCUUUGCCUUGAUGACAGCUUUCCAAACGCUUGGCAUUCUCUCAACCAGCUUCACCUGGAAUGCUUUUCCAACAGUCGUGAAGGAGUUCCCACAUAUGCUGAGCACUUGUUGGCUGCUUUUCCUUCACUCUGCGGUCCAGCUCAACCCAAUUGGGUUGAGGUCAGGUGAUUGUGGAGGCUAGGUCAUCUGAUGCAGCACUCAAUCCCUCUCCUUCUCGGGUCAAAUAGCCCUUACACAGCCUGGAGGUCUGUUUUGGGUCAUUGCCCUGUUGAAAAACAAAUGAUAGUCCCACUAAGCGCAAAUCAGAUGGGAUGGUGUAUCGCUGUAGAAUGCAUGCUAAAUAAAUCACUGACAGUGUCAACAGCAAAGCACCAUCACACCUCCUCCUCCAUGCUUCACGGUGGGAACCACACAUGUGGAGAUCAUCCGUUCACCUACGCUACGUCUCACAGAGACACGGCGGUUGGAACCAAAAAUCUUACAUUUGGACUCAUCAUACCAAAGGACCGAUUUCCACUGGUCAAAUGUCCAUUGCUCGUGUUUCUUGGCCCAAGCAAGUCUCUUCUUCUUAUUGGUGUCCUUUAGUAGUGGUUUCUUUGCAGUAAUUUGACCCUGAAGGCCCGAUUCACACAGUUGAGAUGUGUCUGUUACUUGAACUCUGUGAAGCAUUUAUUUGGGCUGCAAUCUGAGGUGCAGUUAACUCUAAUGAACUUACAGUUGAAGUCGGAAGUUUACAUACACCUUAGCGAAAUAUAUUUAAACUAAGUUUUUCACAAUUCCUGACAUUUAAUCCUAGUUAAAAGUCCCUGUCUUAGGUCAGUUAGGAUCACCACUUUAUUUUAAGAAUGUGAAAUGUCAGAAUAAUAGUAGAGAGAAUGAUUUAUUUCAGCUUUUAUUUCUUUCAUCACAUUCCCAGUGGGUCAGAAGUUUACAUACACUCAAUUAAAAUUUGGUAGCAUUGCCUUUACAUUUUUUAACUUGGGUCAAAAGUUUCUGAUAGCCCUCCACAAGCUUCCCACAAUAAGUUGGGUGAAUUUUGGCCCAUUCCUCUUGACAGAGUCAGGUUUGUAGGCCUCCUUGCUCGCACAAGCUUUUUCAGUUCUGCUACAAAUUUUCUAUAGGAUUGAGGUCAGGGCUUUGUGAUGGCCACUCCAAUACCUUGCCUUUGUUGUCCAUAAGCCAUUUUGCCACAACUUUGGAAGCAUGCUUGGUGUCAUUGUCCAUUUAAAAGACCCAUUUGCGACCAAGCUUUAACUUCCUGACAUGAGAUGUUGCUUCAAUAUAUCCACAUAAUUUUCAUUCCUCAUGAUGCCAUCUAUUUUGUGAAGUGCACCAGUCCAUCCUGCAGCAAAGCACCCCCACAACAUGAUGCUGCCACCCUCGUACUUCAUGGAUGGGAUGGUGUUCUUCGACUUGCAAGCCCCCCCCUUUUUCCUCCAAACAGGUCUAUUUUUGUUUCAUCAGACCAGAGGACAUUUCUCCAAAAAGUAUGAUCUUUGUCCCUAUUUGCAGUUGCAAACCGUAGUCUGGCUUUUUGUUGGCAGUUUUAGAGCAGUGGCUUCUUCCUUGCUGAGCGGCCUGUCAGGUUAUGUCGAUAUAGGACUCGUUUUACUGUGGAUAUAGAUACUUUUGUACCUGUUUCCUCCAGAAUCUUCACAAGGUCCUUUGCUGUUGUUCUGGGAUUGAUUUGUACUUUCGCACCAAAGUCCAUUAAUCUCUAGGAGACAGAACACGUCUCCAUCCUGAGCGGUGUGACGGCUGCGUAGUCCCAUGGUGUUUAUACUUGCGUACUAUUGUUUGUAUAGAUGAACGUGGUACCUUCAGGCGUUUGGAAAUUGCUCCCAAGGAUGAACCAGACUUGUUGAGGUCUACAAUUUUUUUACUGAGGUCUUGGCUGAUUUCUUUUGAUUUUCCCAUGAUGUCAAGCAAAAAGGCACUGAGUUUGAAGGUAGGCCUUGAAAUACAUCCACAGAUACACCUUCAAUUGACUCAAAGUAUGUCAAUUAGCCUAUCAGAAGCUUUAAAACACUAUAAGAAGGAAAUAAAUUCCACAAAUGAACUUUUAACAAGGCACACCUGUUAAUUGAAAUGCAUUCCAGGUGACUACCCCAUGAAGCUGGUUGAGAGAAUAUCAAGAGUGUGCAAAGCUGUCAUCAAGGCAGAGGGUGGCUUCUUUGUAGAAUCUCCAAUAUAAAAUAUAUUUUGAUUUGUUUAACACUUUUUUGGUUACUACAUGAUUCCAUAUGUGUUAUUUCACCGUUUUGAUGUCUUCACUAUUAUUCUACAAUGUAGAAAAUUUAAAAAAUAAAGAAAAA